CCAACACAUGUGCAUUAAAAUAAAAAAAACCAUUUAGUAUACAUCUCGUCCCUGACCAUCUCUCCCCUUCCCUUAAUAGAAAUUCGAUCCAAUUUUAAGUCCCAAAUAAACAUAAACAGAUCUACAUAAGCAAUGGCCGACAAAAUCUACAAGGCGAGCACCACUGCUCCGGUGAACAUCGCCGUCGUCAAGUACUGGGGAAAGCGAGAUGCGAAGUUGAAUCUACCUACCAACUCGUCCCUGUCGGUUACGCUGUCACAAGCUGAUCUACGAACACUUACCACCGCUACCUGCUCUGCCUCUUACGAAGGCCAAGGCGAUGUCCUUAUUCUCAAUGGAGAGCCUUCCGAUAUUACGGGCGCCCGCACGCAGGCGUGUUUGCGCGAACUCCGUGCUCGAAGAGCCGCCCUCGAAAAGGAGAACCCAUCUCUGCCCAAACUAUCGACCAUGCCCCUUCGCAUAGUCACCGAAAACAACUUCCCCACCGCCGCUGGUCUAGCAUCCUCUGCCGCUGGUUUCGCAGCUUUGGUUCGUGCCAUUGCAGACCUCUACGAGCUACCAAGUUCUCCGACCGAGCUCUCCCUUAUUGCCCGUCAAGGCAGUGGUUCCGCCUGCCGUAGUCUGUUCGGUGGAUACGUCGCCUGGAGGGGCGGUGAGCAAGACGAUGGCCUAGAUUCCAAGGCGGUAGAGGUCGCACCCGCAUCACACUGGCCCAACAUGAAGGCCCUUAUCCUCGUCGUCUCCGCGUCCAAGAAGGGCGUUAGCUCGACAUCCGGUAUGCAGCAGACCGUCGCUACAUCCGACCUGUUCAAGGGGCGCAUUGCCAAUGUCGUCCCGGCCCAUAUGGACAAGAUGGAGGCCGCCAUCCGGGACAGAGAUUUUGCCGGGUUCGCAGAGGUCACGAUGAAGGACUCUAACUCGUUCCACUCCUGCUGCUCGGACACGUACCCGCCUAUCUACUACAUGAACGAUGUGUCGAGAGCUGCUGUUCGAGCCGUCGAGGCCAUCAAUGCUGCGGCGGGUAAGACUAUUGCCGCGUAUACCUUUGACGCAGGCCCGAAUGCUGUGGUAUACUACCUAGAAGAGAACAGUGGCCCUGUUGUCGGUACCUUCAACAGCAUACUUGCGGGAACUGAUGGGUGGAAGGAAGGUGCUCAGGCUCAUGCCUCGGCAGCCGUACCGCUUGACGAGGCCGUGUCGAGCCUGAUCAAGGGUGGCGUGAGUAGAAUCAUAAUGACGGGGGUAGGUGAAGGUCCGAUAAAGUCGGAGCAACAUUUGGCAUGAGUGGUCGUCAUAGUGCAAGAUAAAGUAGCAUGAGUGAUGAUAGCAUUUUAGACGAAGCGAUGAGUCCUAGUCAUAGUACUACUAUAAACUUACAUAUAUGCAGUGCAUACUAGUAGUACGUACAAAUAGAAUAUAGUGGCAUUUAAUAAGUUAGGUAGCAUCGGUGGACCUCGGCUCGGGAGGUUUCAGUGACGUUGACGUACCUG